AUGGAUGUGAACGAAUACCGACGACGGGGCAAAGAGAUGGUGGACUAUAUCGCCGAUUAUUUGGAAAACAUUCGUGAUCGUCGCGUAUUUCCCGAUGUGAAACCGGGUUACAUGCGCGGUCUAUUGCCCGAGUUUGCGCCGAUCGAAGGUGAAAAUUGGGAUGCCAUAUUCGCCGAUGUGGAACGCGUCAUUAUGCCUGGCAUAACACAUUGGCAAAGUCCACACAUGCAUGCCUACUUUCCAGCGCUGAACUCAUUUCCUUCACUUCUCGGCGAUAUGUUAGCCGAUGCGAUUAACUGUUUAGGAUUCACUUGGGCCAGUUCACCCGCUUGUACGGAACUCGAAGUGAUUGUCAUGAAUUGGUUGGGCAAAAUGAUUGGCUUGCCAGAUGAUUUCUUGCAUUUGCAUAAUAAAAGUCCAGGCGGUGGCGUCAUACAGACGACGGCAAGUGAAGCUACGUUGGUGUGUCUGCUGGCGGGACGCACGCGAGCCAUUCAACGUUUUCACGAACGUCAUCCCGGCUUUCAGGAUGCGGAAAUUAAUGCGCGACUAGUUGCCUAUUGCUCCGAUCAGGCACACUCAAGCGUGGAGAAGGCAGCGCUAAUAGGGCUCGUGCGUAUGCGUUUCAUUGAGGCCGACGACAGCUUGGCGAUGCGUGGCAAGUCGUUGCGCGAGGCCAUCGAGGAUGACAUUAAGCAAGGACUCGUGCCGUUUUGGGUUUGCGCCACGUUGGGUACCACGGGCUCAUGUUCCUUUGACAAUUUGGAAGAGAUUGGUAUAGUCUGUCGCGAUUUCAAUAUUUGGCUCCAUGUCGAUAGCGCUUACGCGGGCAGCGCUUUUAUUUGCCCCGAAUUUCGCACCUGGCUGCGGGGCAUUGAGAAAGCAGAUUCGAUCGCCUUCAAUCCAUCUAAGUGGCUGAUGGUACAUUUUGACGCCACGGCAUUAUGGAUUAAGGACAGCACCGCCGUGCAUCGCACCUUUAAUGUGGAACCACUGUACUUACAGCACGAAAAUUCUGGGGUCUCCAUUGACUACAUGCAUUGGCAGAUACCGUUAAGUAGGCGCUUUCGCGCUUUGAAAGUUUUCUUCGUAUUGCGUUCGUUCGGCAUUAAGGGUCUGCAAAAGCACAUACGCGAAGGUGUACGUUUGGCGCAAAAGUUCGAAGCGCUCGUUUUGGCCGACCACCGUUUCGAGAUACCAGCUAAACGGCACUUAGGCAUGGUGGUGUUUCGUAUCAAGGGUGAAAAUGAGAUCACUGAACGUCUAUUGAAGCGUCUCAAUCAUCGCGGUAAUCUGCAUUGUAUACCUUCCUCUUUGAAAGGCAAAUAUGUCAUACGAUUCACGGUGACCUCUACAAAUACAACUGUCGACGAUAUUUUGAAGGAUUGGAACGAGAUAAGACGCGUUGCGUCCAUGAUACUGGACGAAAUGAACAUUACAAUAUCGAAUAGAAAUAAAGUUUACCUAAAAGAUACGAAAGAUAAAAGCGAAGCAUUUGGCUCCAGUCUUUUGCUCUCAAACUCACCACUCUCUCCGAAAAUCGUCAACGGUUCUUUUGCGGCCAUAUUUGAUGCCGACGAAUUUUUAGCCAAAACCUAUGCUGGCGUACGUAUUGCUCACCAAGAAUCGCCAUCGAUGAGGCGACGUGUGCGCGGUAUACUCAUGUCUGGCAAGCAAUUCUCACUUGACUCCCAUAUGGAUGUGGUUGUGCAGAACUCCUUCGAUUCGGGUACGAAUAAUUCGAGCACCGAGGCAAAUGGCACGACAACACCAGUAAAAAAGAAUAAAAAUCCAAGCUCGAUAUGCGAAGAUAGUGAAGAGUCCGCCGAAGAUUAUCCAACGGUUAAGCGAACCGCAACGUCACCAAACUAUUCAACCAUGAAGAUAGCGGCUGAAUAUCUCAGCCAAAAUUCGAGCUCCGCUACAACGAACCUUGCAUUGCCACGACGCAAAAGCACCGCCACGCAAACACCGCAACAUCACUACAAACCGGUGCAUACAAUCUUGGAUGAAGUCUCCGAUGAGACGUCCGAGGACUUGCUCUCGGAGAAAAGUGUACGGGACAGCGCGAAUGCGCAGCUGAUGGCCGCUAGUUGCAAACUGCUUUUUGCAAACACACUACCAACUCUUGCCGCAACCUGCUCCACGGCGCCUGCCUCGCUGCGCACAACGCCAUCACCGCCUCUACCAGUGCCGCAACAACAGCGCACAGGCAAUAAUAAUAGCUUCACAAAACAAAUGCAAGCGAUUAGUAAUGCGGCAAGCGCUUCAACACGCACCAUCAUGCGCGCCAACACCAUGCAAGAGGUUUAUCAUGGUAAGCGUUACCUCGACACAGGCGUGGCUGUAGGUCCUUCCAACAAUUACUUCUCCAACACCAUAAACAAUGCGAAUACGCCUAGCGGCGGCACCACACCGACUACGCCGAGCACCGAAAUACCGGACGCUGAGUCGCAAUGGAGCGCGCUAUUUCAUAGUUUCGAUACCGCGCCGGCGCCAGCAGUGCGCGGUGUGAGCUAUUUGAGCGGUCGUCUACUCAAUAUGGACAGCGUUUCGGCGCGCUCCACUUCAACGCUGCCGAGUAUUGAUGAAAGCGCUUCCGAAUGCAUGUCUAUCUCAUCGACGUCCGCACCGGCGGACACGCUCAGUAUGCCUGCGCAACUGUUGUCGAACCGACACAAUGUAACACGCUUUUACAGCGCGCCCAACGCGCGGCCGGGCGCGCCGCCAGCGACAAUGCCAAGCACGUUGGCGUCAUUUUCGUUAAACGCUAUGACACUCUCCGAGGACGAGACAGACGCCGAUGCGUGGCAGGUGGCGCGUUGCGGCAGUUCGGAGGACUACUCGAUCACUUCAUCGGGUGCACAAUCGCGGUCUUCGUCGUUAGAUCUGGUUUGAUUUUGGCUGCAAGCGAGCUAUGGUGACAGUUUUAGUGAGUAUAUGUAUGUGGUUUUUUGGGCUUUAGUUUAUGUUGAGUUGGGUUUUCAUUUGAGUUGGAAAUGUAGGAAAAAUAGUAAAAUAUAUAACGGAACUGGAAAUGCAAUGAAAUGAAUUUGGAAAACGAGACACUAAAGCUAAUGAAAUAUAUGGAAUUUGCAAAUAUUUACAAACACAAAAUAUUCAAUAUUUACUAAUUAAAAAAACAUA